AUGGUUCAGAUCAGCGAAGUCAAGGGCAAUUCGCGCGAAAACAGGACAGCUGCCCAUACGCAUAUCAGAGGCCUUGGACUUCGUCCCGAUGGCACUGCGGAGACUUCUUCAGAUGGCUUCGUCGGGCAGGCUGCUGCACGAGAGGCAUGCGGUGUCGUGGUAGAUCUUAUCAAAGCGAAAAAGAUGGCUGGACGGGCCGUUCUUCUUGCUGGUGGCCCGGGAACCGGAAAGACAGCUCUUGCUCUCGCUGUGUCCCAGGAACUGGGAACGAAAGUGCCGUUCUGUCCCAUCGUCGGAAGCGAGAUAUACUCUGCCGAAGUAAAGAAGACCGAGGCACUUAUGGAGAACUUCCGGAGGGCAAUCGGUCUACGAGUGCGCGAAACGAAAGAAGUGUACGAAGGUGAAGUCACAGAGCUCACUCCAGAGGAGACUGAAAACCCCCUUGGAGGAUAUGGACGAACAAUUAGCCACUUGAUCAUUGGUUUGAAGUCGGCCAAGGGUGUUAAAAAGCUGCGUCUCGACCCCAGCAUCUACGAAGCCAUCCAGAAGGAAAGAGUGACGGUGGGCGAUGUCAUCUAUAUCGAGGCCAACACGGGAGCUUGCAAGAGGGUCGGGCGGUCCGAUGCGUACGCGACGGAGUUCGACUUGGAGGCGGAGGAGUAUGUCCCCGUUCCCAAGGGAGAAGUACACAAGAAGAAGGAGAUUGUGCAGGACGUCACACUGCACGACCUCGAUAUGGCCAAUGCCCGGCCACAAGGUGGACAAGACGUGAUGAGCAUGAUGGGCCAGUUGAUGAAGCCCAAGAAAACUGAAAUCACGGAGAAGCUCCGUCAGGAGAUCAACAAAGUUGUCAACCGUUACAUCGACCAAGGUGUUGCAGAGCUUGUUCCGGGUGUUCUCUUCAUUGACGAGGUACACAUGCUUGACAUUGAAUGCUUCACCUAUCUUAAUCGAGCCCUGGAGUCGACGAUCUCUCCCAUUGUUAUCCUAGCCUCCAACCGCGGCCAUACCGUGAUCCGUGGGACGGAUGAUAUUGCCGGUGCGCACGGCAUUCCGUCCGACUUCCUCGCCCGUCUCCUCAUCAUCCCUACACACCCAUACACCCCCGAUGAGAUCAAGACCAUCAUACGCCUUCGUGCAAAGACGGAAGGUCUCGUCAUCACCGAUCCUGCUCUUGACAAGGUUUCCGAACAUGGUAGCAAGGUCAGCUUGCGCUAUGCCCUGCAGCUCCUUACACCGGCAAGUAUUCUUGCACGCGUGAACGGAAGGCCUGGUGGUAUUGAAGAGGCCGAUGUGGCGGAAUGCGAGGACCUGUUCUUGGAUGCUAAGAGGAGUGCUGCGAUUGUCGGCCAGGAGAAUAGCAAUUUCCUGUCGUGA